AUACAUCCGGCCAGUUUGAAAACUUUUCGUUUCCGAAGAAAUAGUGAGGUUCUGGCGAAAAUAACGCUCUAAUGAGGCAACGAACCACAGAAACGACUGAAGCUGAUCGUCAAGCUGAAGUUAAAGAAAUAGCAUUAGACUCGAAGAUGUCUUCAUAUAGCAGCAACAAUAAUCAGUCUGCCCUCUAUAGGGCAAUUUUCAAGCAGCCUAAAGAAUUAACCCUUAUGGAAAAGAUCGAGAACUAUUAUGCAACAGGAAAAUCCAGUACUGGUCGUAUGGCUAAUAGAUUAGCCAUGACGAUCUUUUGGUUUUGUGCUAUAUCGACCUUCUAUGUUGUCAUGGCCUACAUAAUACCAUUUUGCUAUGGCUUCUACGCUGACUGGAUAUGUUAUGCUUUGAAAGUGCUAACUGUGUUCAUUUUCAUCCAGUGUCUUGGAAACUGGGCCUGUUGUCAUUUCACUGGGACAUUUUAUGAAGAAACACUUGAUAGACCUCAUGUGGAUAAACUCUUAUGGGAUGACACCAAGGUGUUUCUAGAUGGGGUUGAAAGGAAAAGAGAAACCUGGCCAUACUGUAAUACAUGUAAUCAUCGUAUGCCUCCAAGGGUGCACCAUUGUAAAAUAUGCGACAAGUGUAUUCGUAAACGUGAUCAUCAUUGCUACGUGACAGGAGUAUGUAUAGGAUACUUCAACCAGAGAUACUUCGUAUUUCUUAAUUUUUACUCAGCUGUUGCUACCCUCAUUGCAUUCCCUCACGAGGUGUACUACAUUUACCAUACAUUUUAUCCUGCUUCAGCAUUAACUGAUUUUAUACUACCAGUAGCAGUAUUUAAGUGGAUCACGGGGGAAAUGCUUGGCCAUCACUGUGUAUUAGUCAUACACCUGUACAUCCUUUGGUGGGCUGCAUUAGUAGCUACAGGGUUUUUUAUAUGGCAUAUGUAUAUCAUAUCGAUUGGAAAAACCUCAAAUGAAGUCACUUCUGGUAAAAGACUAAAAGUGACAUCUGGCACAAAGCAAAACUUUAGAUCUGUUUUUGGCGAUUUUUGGCCUUUUAAUUUUAUCCUUCCUGCUCAGCUUGUGUUCAGACAAACAGGAGAUGGAACAGAAUGGCCCAAGGUGAAAUUCUUUGAUGAUAAAUUCACUGCUGGAUCUCAUUAGUCAUGAUCUUACUCGGGACUAUUUAAAAAAAUAUAUCACUAACAUUUUGAUAAAGAGCAAUAUGGAAUAUUUUGCAGUCUCUGUUAGCAUGAAGACUGUAUCAUUCUCUGACCCCAGAGCUCUAGGAUCAAGAAUAUCUACAAGUUUGUAGCUCUGUUUUCAGAGGAUGGGAUGUAUUGGCUUAUUCUCAAUCAAGUGUGAGAUAUGGAACUUAUGCAGUAUUGACAUGGUCACAUGGAUCAUUUUGUGACAUUUGGCCGACAUUUGAACUAUGAAUGUCUUAUGAAUACUCCAUGGAAGAAUUCUCAGAUGAAUGUUUAAACUUACUCAUGCUCUCAUUAGACUCCUAUAUAUGAUGUAAAGUACAAUGAUUUCAAAGGGUGUAGCCAAAAUCUAAAAUUAAUGGAGUCAUAUUUAAGCUCAUAGGAUCAGUAUCAUACUCCUAGUGUACUUCAUCAUCAGUUUAAAAACAUCUGAAUAAAUAAUUUUCUAUAAAGUUUUGGUUACGCUUUUGAAUUCAAUUUUGCUCAUUUUUUCUGUCAAAUUUGAAAAUUGACAUGAAGAAUAUUUGAUCUGAUAUUUUUAGAGGCCAUAUAAUUCAUUUAUCUGUUGUGAAUCGUCUCAGUUCAUUAUAUCACUGCUCAAUAUUAAAUAAAUAUUAAAAUCUUAGCUAUGUUUGUCUUUCUGCUUAACAUGUUGCAUUUAUUUCAUUUGAGG